AUUCUUACAUUUGAUUUGAACUUUGAAGGUUUACAAAUAGCAAAUGUUGGUUGAUUAUUAUUAUUAUUUUAAUGCAAUAAGAAAAAGCGGAUAGUGUCGGAUUUCUGGUAGUGAAAGAAAGGAAAGAACAUUCUUCCAUUGACGCAGCAUCAAGAAAGAUCGCCACCAUCAGCUCGGAGGCAGACCUGGUACCCAAACCCAAAAUAUCCCAGCUUCUGUCCAUCGAGAGUCCCAUGGAGCUAAUGAGAAUGCUAAUGAGGGAUUAUUGAUUUGUCGAAGCUGGGUUCACUUCCGGUGAGCUUCUGUGAAAAGGGGUAUUGGGUUCAAGGAGGAGCGCGGGGGAGAAGUGCAAAUUGCGUUGCGGGGGAAGACUGAUGAAGGAAUUGUUUGGGAGUCCAGGGAAGGCGAGUGGGCUGGGGCUGAGGAUUGGGCAGUUUGUGUUUGCAGCUGCUUCGAUUGGGGUGAUGGUUUCUGCCCAUGGCUUCUUCAACUCCACAGCUUUCUGCUAUCUAAUUGCGUCAAUGGGGCUUCAAGUUCUAUGGAGUUUCGGACUUGCAUGCCUUGAUCUACAUGCAUUGAAAUCAAAGAGAAGCUUGCAGAAUCCCGUCUUAGUGAGCCUAUUUGUUGUCGGCGAUUGGGUGACAUCUAUCCUGUCACUUGCAGCAGCAUCUGCAUCAGCAGGAGUCACGAUUUUGUACGCUCGAGACCUGCACUACUGCAAUGCCACACCUCACUUCCCAUGCAAAAAGUUCCAAAUCUCCAUUGCUUUGGCUUUCAUCUCAUGGUUUCUUCUUGCAGUGUCAUCCCACGUCAUGUUCUGGCUCAUGGCGUCUGUAUGAAGUUUAAAAAAUUCACAGAAGUGUGAUUCAUUUUGUAGCUGUAAAUACAAGUCACUCUGAGGCCUGAGCAACAGAAUCCAUCUCCCCUUCCCUCUCUCUCUCCUUUUGUUAACUCGGCUCUCCUUUUUUGAGCCCUACAUUACAUCUUGUUCUCUUCGCAAUGAAAAAGUUGACCUGGACAAAACCUUCCUGUUGCUCGGUUGCUCUGUCUAUCUCCCUCUAUCAAUUACAUCUGCUUCUAAUGGAAAAGUAUGUUAAGUUCGAGGCUGUGCAGGAAUCACUGCAAAUAUUGAUUGGUCCAAAAUUGGUCAGUUGUAUGGCCACUGCCUAGAAGUAGCAUCAUAUCAAAUAAUCCAAUGAACAAGGAUGAAUGAAACAUUGAACGGCCAGCUCUUAGAAAGGGAACUCCCUCUUUGCCAUGGUCCAGCACGUUUGCUGUUACUGUUAGUUGGGAAAAUUACAUUUUGGUUCUGGUUGGAUCAAAGUUUAACUACCUGUCGUCCUCUGCAAACUCAUUAUCGAUCAUUUGGGGUUGCUUUGUUUGGCGUUGACAAUGACAUACCAUAACUCUGCAGAUGGGAGACCCACUUUGCCCCUUAAUAAAUCAAAAUGAGGGGAGUCAUGUCAUGUGGGUGCUAUGAGUAUGACAGGUAAUAACUUAGAAAAUCAUUUCCCACUUGCUUUUCUGGUAACCUGCAACAUACUCUGAGAGAGAGCCAAGGAAGGAAGGGCCACUACAGAAUUGCAAAUUAAAUGAAUCCAAAUAAGUAAGCACAACUAAGAAACAUCACAAAAUGUUGUUGCAUCAUACCCUACCACUCCUCAAUCAUACUCAGCUGGGACUGGUAGUCCCUACUGAAACCUCCUAACCCUUUACCCCCUAGUAAAAGACAAAGAGAUGCACUUAUCCAGAUUCCUUCUCAUAGAGGAGAAGCUCCCAGCAGAUUCCAAUAUGUCCUCUUCUGUCUCUCAUUCACAGCUCUCAGUAAACUCACUACUCUGCACCAGCAAACUGGUAUCUUAAAUUUCAGGUUAUAGUAUAAUAGUCUUUUGCUACCCGGUAGUUCGAUCGAAGGUCCUUCAACAUGUUAAGAAUAAUCAUACCUUCUGAUAAUCAUUAGUAAAACUGAAGAAUCCAAUUAGAUGAUGAGAAAGAAGAUAACCCAUCAUUGAUAUAAUCAAGAUCCCAUUUUUUCCGAGUAUAAAACCAGCAGUAUGACAGAGAAAACUGUCACCUCUUGACCUACAUGUGAUGUGAGUCCACUCUGGAUCCUCGCCAGAUCUUGGUGGAUUUAACAGCCUGGAAUCCCUUGGAAGUGACCAACUGCCCACACAUUUAGGGUAAGUUACUUCAAAACUGUGAAAAGAGCAAGCAUGGUACUCACAUGAAGGGAUCCAUGGCAGCGUCAGUGUGUUGUUAUUAUUCUCUCCAUAAUCUUGAGCGGAAAGAAAGGGACAUGGAAGCUAUAUGACCUGUUAGCGAGAGAGACAGAGCAAAAGAAAAGUUAACAGGGGGCCACUGCCAACACACAAAGUCCAAAUAAUUGAAAGCCACCGACAGUUAAAUUCUAGUUUUAAAUAUACAGGGUUCAGCAGAAGUUAAGGAACAGGAAUACAGUUACAUAUUCUUCUCCAUAGUUAGGACCAUGAUUUGAUUAUCAUGGACGUGGCCUACAUAAACCUUGAUUGAUCUGGCUAUGGUGCUUAUGCCGUUGAAAUGAGCGUUCCACAAUCUGUAACAAUUGGAUGUAUGCAAGCAGUAAACACAGCAACAGAAU